CAGGCCGACUGUAUAAAUGAAUUGCCCUUUGGGAUUAAUAAAGUAUUCUGAUUCUGAUUCUGAUUCUGACUGUAGCUCACCAUGACACAAGGUUGUUCAUUUUUAUGAUCACAUAUUUGAAUUCUGUCUGGGAAGUUUAACGAGUAUUCUGGCUCUGAUCACAUGACACACUCACAGGUUGGUCUACGUUUCCUCCCAACACCCUACAUCACACAUCCACUAUUACACUGAGGUUUAAAGAGCUUUGUUACGAAUAAAACACAGUUAAAAGUGAAAGAAACACAAACUAAUGUCUUAGCUGGAUGAUCAGUAGACAAACAAUGAGUUUAAGAACAUUCCUGGUCCAAAUGGAACCUCAUAAAGGUUCACAACAGCAGCUGAUGUUCUUCCAGGUGAACCGGAUGAUGGACUGGAUGUUAAAGGUGAACUUCCAUCGGUGGGUUCCACCUGCCGUCCACUACGACUUCCAUCAUUGAUAAAGUAACAACCAGGAACUAAUCUUCUCCCCGCAGGUCCAGAUCUGUCGGUACAACCAAACAACUUAACAACCGUGUUUGUGAACGUUGGUCUGAACGGUGUUUUUGGAAACAGCUGAGUCUCUGAACCGUGAUGGUUCUAUGUAGGUAACAACGUCCUUCCCUCCAUCAUUCCAGCUGUGGAUUCAGGAAACACUCGUAUCGUUCCUGCGUGGGUCCAACUAUGUUAGUGGUGAACAUCGUCAUCAACGGUGGUUUUGGGAAACGCACCCCUGAUCUCAGACUCACCUUCAUGACUGGAUCCAGAAUAAACUCUGAUGUUCUUGUGUAGAAAACUGAACACGAGCAGGUAACGUUCAGGCUGGUCUUUAGUGGGAAUGAGUGAAGAAGUGGUUUCCUGGAUGACUUCACCAGUCCUUCUUUGACUUUUUAAUGAAACACAACAUUUCUUCUCCAGGUGAAUACUCGGCUUCACAGAUUGGAAUCAAAUUAGAGACGACUCUCAGUUUCAAUUCUCUCUUAUCGUCAGUAUCAGUAAAACCUCUUUCUUCAACCUCAGGAGUUUUGAUAAAGUCAUUCAGGAAAAGUGGGUGAAAGAAUGUAUUUCAUGAUUAGUGGUGUUUUAAUAAAGUUUCUGUCUACAGAUUCAAAGGUCGGUGUUUCUGGUUCAUGUCUCUGAAUGACUGAAGUCCAGAAGAUGGAGGAUUGUGUGGAGAAAGAGGAGGAGAGACCAGAGUCUCCAGGAUCCAUCAGUGUCUCUAUGAAGAGUGACUGGUCUAAUGAUAAACCUCCAGACUUCAGUAAAGAACCUGGACCUUCAGACACAAAAGGUCGGUACUGCAGUCAGAGACCAGAGUCUCCAGGAUCCACCUGUCUGUCUCUGAGGAGUGACCGGUCUAAAGAUCUUCCUCUAUGGUUCAGUAAAGAACCUGGACCUUCAGACACAAAACGGAGCUCAGACCAGUCGACUUCACCGGAAUAUCUGGGACAUGGAAUAAGAUCCAGAGCAAGAUCUCCACAAGAUGCUGGUCUGCAGCAGGUCCUAGAUGAACAUAAGACCAGUCUGAGGAGCAGAUGUGAACAUGUGACUGAAGGAACUGAAACAGGAAGUAGAACCCUCCUCAACAGGAUCUACACAGAGCUCUUCAUCACAGAGGGACUGAGUGAAGAGGUUGAUACCCAACAUGAGGUGAUGCAGCUGGAGACAGCUCCCAGGAUGAAGAGACACCAUGACGCUCCAAUCAGGUGCCAGGACAUCUUUAAAGCCUUACCUGGCCAACGUAGAGCCAUCAGAGUGGUUCUGACCAACGGCGUCGCUGGCGCUGGGAAAACCUUCUCGGUUCAGAAGUUCUCUCUGGACUGGGCCGAGGGCUGGGAGAACCAAGACGUCACCGUGGUGAUUCUGCUCUCGUUCAGGGAGCUGCACCUGAUCGGAGAUGAGCAGCUCAGUCUUCUCAGGCUGAUCCAGGUUUUCCAUCCAUCGUUCCAGAAGCUCACAGCAGAGCAGCUGGCUGCCGGGAAACCGUUGUUCAUCUUUGACGGCCUGGAUGAAAGCAGACGUUCCCUGGACUUCAACAACGGUCCGGUGGUGUCUGACGUCACACAGAGCUCAUCGGUCAACGUGCUGCUGACCAACCUCAUCCAGGGGAACCUGCUUCCCUCAGCUCUCAUCUGGAUCACUUCCAGACCUGCAGCAGCCAAUCAGAUCCCUCACAAACACGUGGACAGGCUGACAGAAGUACGAGGCUUCACCGACGGCCAGAAGGAGGAAUACUUCAGGAGGAGGUUCAGGGAUGAAGAGCGGUCCAGCAGCAUCGUCUCCCACAUGAAGACAUCCAGAACCCUCCACAUCAUGUGUCAACUCCCGGUCUUCUGCUGGAUCACUGCUACAGUUCUGGACCACAUGUUGACCACAGAGCAGAGAGGAGAGCUGCCCAAGACCCUGACUGACAUGUUCUCCCACUUCCUGCUGGUCCAGACCAAGAGGAAGAGGAACAAGUACCAGGAGGGACAUGAGACGAGUCCACAGGAGCUGACGGAGGCUGACAGGGACCUUCUCCUGAAGCUGGGGAGGCUGGCGUUGGAACAUCUGGAGAAAGGAAACAUCAUGUUCUACCAAGAAGACCUGGAGCAGUGUGGUCUGGAUGUCCCAGAGGCCUCGGUGUACUCAGGAGUUUGUACCCAGAUCUUCAGGAGAGAGUGUGAGGUCUUCCAGAAACCCGUCUACUGCUUUGUUCAUCUGAGCAUCCAGGAGUUCCUGGCUGCAGUCUACGUGUUCCACUGUUGGUCCACCAGGAACACAGAUGUGCUGGAGAACUUCCUGGGAUACUACAUAUACUCAUCUCUGGAUGACUUCCUGAAGAGAGUCAUGCUGAAAUCCCUGGAGAGUAAAAAUGGCCACCUGGACCUGUUUGUCCGCUUCCUUCAUGGUCUUUCUGUGGAGUCCAACCAGAGACUGUUAGGAGUUCUGCUGAACCAGACGGAGAACGAUCCAGAAACCAUCCAGAGAGUCAUCAACAACCUGAAGGAGAUGAACACUGGCAGUAUCUCUCCUGACAGAAGCAUCAACAUCUUCCAGUGUCUGAUGGAGAUGAACGACCUCUCAGUUCAUCAGCAGAUCCAAGAGUUCCUGAAGUCAGAGAACAGAUCAGAGCAGGAACUCUCUGAGAUCCAGUGUUCAGCUCUGGCCUACAUGCUGCAGAUGUCGGAGGAGGUUCUGGAUGAGUUGGACCUGAGCAAGUACAAGACAACAACACCAGGGGGUCGACGGAGACUGAUUGCAGCUGUGAGGAACUGCAGAAAGGCUCGAUUUAGUGGUUGUGAUCUCUCAGAGACUCACUGUGAAGUUAUUGCGUCCGCUCUGAAGUCCAACCCCUCCCAUCUGACAGAACUGGACCUGAGUAACAACUGGUCCCUGGGGGAUUCAGGAGUGAAGGUUCUGUCUGGUGGACUGGAGAGUCCAAACUGUAGACUGGAGACUCUGAGGUUGCAGCGCUGCAGUCUGUCAGAGAUCAGCUGUUCUUCUCUGGUCUCAGCUCUGAAGUCCAACCCCUCCCAUCUGAAACUUCUGGACCUGAGUGGGAACACGAACCUGCAGGAUUACGGAGUGGAACGUCUGAGUGGAUUUCUGGAGAGUCCAGACUGCAGACUGGACACUCUGAGGUUGAAGUGGUGCGGUCUGUCAGAGAUCAGCUGUUCGUCUCUGGUCUCAGCUCUGAAGUCCAACCCCUCCCAUCUGAAACUUCUGGACCUGAGGGGGAACUUCAACCUGCAGGCUGCAGAUGUGAAGCAGCUUUCUGAUCUGGUGGAGAGUCCAGACUACCAGCUGCAGACUCUCAGGUUGUGAUGAGAGUGUCCAGGAUGGACGAGUCGUGUCCUGAUCGUCCUCAGAGUUGAAGCAGCAACAGUUUGUGUGGAAAGUCUCUGACUGGACCGUGAUGAAGAUGAAGAUGAAGAUGAAGAUGAAGAUGUACAUAGUUUCUGAAUUCCAGCAUUCUACAAACUUCUCAUAUAUUCAUGUAUUUCAUGUUAAGUAAAAAAGCCUUUAUUAGGGCCUGAGCACUUGCAGUGCGAAAGCCCUAUUGUAUCGGUAGGAAUUAUUUUCCUUUUUUUUUUUAAUUAUUUUUCAAAUGAAAUGAGGGUCUUUUUUCCCCCUAAACGUGCCCCAAAAGUCACCAAAUUUUGCACCAAGCCAGGCCUGGUGAAAACUGUGAUAUUUAAUGGUUUGCAUUAGUGGGCGUGGCCUAACGGCUCAACAGCGCCGCCUAGAAAACUUUGUGCCUCAGCCCCACGAUACGGUUUGACGUACAUGCACGAAAAUCGGUACACACCUGUAUCAUGUUGCAACUUAAAGAAAAGCCUCUUGGCGCCAUGGCCCAAACCCAACAGGAAGUCGGCCAUUUUGAAUUAAUCAUGUCAUUUUGGCACAAUUUAUGCCAUUCCUUCGGCAGUUAAAACGGCCCGAACCGUAAAGUGCACCCAGGUGUGUUAUACAUCAAAAUGUGCGUCUCCAUCCUGCGAAGAUGCGCAUUACUUAAAAGUCCAAAUAGUGUGAUUUCAGCUUGUCAGGUGUGAAUAUUUUCUGGUUUCUUAAGUCCUCCGACAGUAAACUGAAUCUCUCUCACUUAAGACACAAAUGUAAUGUGCUUUUGUUAAACAACAUUUUUGUGUUAAAAUGUUUUGAUUCAUGUCCCUAUAUUGUAUGUCCUAAUAUGUCAGGAGGGGAUCUUUCAGGUUCUGUUUUUAAUAAAACUGAAAACAAAAAUGAAGUCUGUUGUACUGUUUUCCCCCUAGCUUUAUACAGAGGGGCAGAGCGGAAUCUUCUUUGUACCAAAUUCAUCUACAAAUGUUUGUGUGAAGUAUGUGUGAAAAGUUCUGGAGGUGUUUCAUGUGUGUAUCUGAAGUCUUUGUCAAAUGAAAUGUGGAACUCCAGGUGCUCAGUUGGUGUCCAGAUAA